AUGUCUGACUAUACACUUCCACCACAUUCUCGAGUACUGGUUACCGGUGCCAAUGGCUUCAUCGCUUCCCACAUUAUCAAUCUUCUAUUGCAGCGGGGCUAUCUAGUCCGCGGGACUGUCCGAGAACCCCGACCGUGGCUGGACCAAAUGUUCCAAAAGUACGACCGAUACGAAUCCGUCGUUCUGCCGGACUUGGAACAUCCCGACCCCAUGGUAUUCAAUGAUGUCGCGGGCGUUGUCCUAGUCGCGACUGAGAAUUCAUUCAGCCAGGACCCCGCACUAAUCCAGCGAGUCGUGCAGGGGACACUGGCCAUGCUGGAAUUGGCCAAGAACAGCGCUGUCAAGUCAGUGGUAUUGACUUCUUCGACUGCAGCAUGCGUUUCCUCAACAUACGCGCCGGAAGCUAACUAUGUAAAGAUCGACAACGACACGUACAACGACGCAGCUGUGGCGGCCGCCCAGAGCACCAGCCCCUCUGAAAUCUUUCCUGGUAUGGCAGUGUACUCAGCUUCGAAAACAGAGGCCGAACGCCAGGCGUUCAAAUGGGUCCAAGAGAAUCAGCCCUCCUUCCAGUUCAAUACGGUCGUUCCCGACUAUAAUAUUGGCUCCCGCCUCAACCCUAACGUCCGUGAAUCAGGCAUGGCGCCCAUUCGGGCUUUCUUGGACGGCCAGGACCUUUUUAUGAAAAUUUUUCCUCCUGCAUGGUAUGUGAAUGUCGAAGACACAGCCCGACUUCAUGUUGCUGCCCUUCUCGACCCAAAAAUACAGUCAGAGCGCAUCUUUGCCACAGCAGGACAGUUCAACUGGGCCGACGUUAUUGCAAUCAUGCGCAGGCUUCGUCCUAAUAAUUCCAAUAUACCCGAUGCGCCGAACAACGACCGCUGUCGGUUUGACUUCGUUCUUUCUAAACGUGCGGAGCAGAUUUUGCUGGACUUUUUCGGCUCCGGUUGGGUUUCAUUGGAAGAUUCGGUUGCGCAGGGUAUUGCUGACUUGCAGUAA